AUGCCUCCGAUUGAUUACUCAAAGUGGGACAACAUCGACACCGAUUCGGAGCCAGAGGCAUCGCCCCAGCAAGCGCCAGCAGCAAAACCCACCCCGCCGCACGCAUGCCUCGCCGCCGAUGGGUACAUCAGGUUUGAGGGAAACGCACAGCAAGCCGAGAAACGCAAGUUUCCCCUUUGGUCUGCCACUACAAUCCCUGCGAAUCAUGUCGUGUUUUCGCAGUCGGUGCCGUCCGUCCCAGGGCUCAUCGAGGUCCCGCUGGUCCUGGAUCGGACGGGGACUCAGUCCGUCAACGAGGCAGACCUCGACAACCAGAUUGCUACGUACCUCAAUAUUGAUGCCAACUCCGGGUUUGCACCUCCAGACUGGCAGUCACAAGUUGGCACCGUCGUGGUCGCGCGCAAGGACAGGAAGCCAUUUUAUCCGCAGCAUCUCGAAGGAGUGUGGAUGUUCUGCGACCAUAUCCUGGACCUGUUCGGGAAGGAGACGGGCCGCCGAGGUGGCUUUACAGCCGCCAGGCGUUCGAGGAAUGGUGGGUAA